AUGAGGGAGAUGGGGAUUGCUAGGAGGAGAGACAUGGUGGCGGUGGUGGGUGGAGAAUUUGGAGGUGAGAGAGGUGGUGGAGUUUCUAGGAAGGGGGUGGAACUUGGAAGCAAGUUGAAACUGAUAUAUAUGAAGGGAAGAAGAGAGGGAGUUGGUGAAAAUUGGAAGUAUUGUGUUCGUGUGUAUAGUAUCGUUUCCUACAUGCUCAUAACUCAUAAAGGGCAAAUUUUGGCAAGAAAAUGGAAAUUUGAGGAUGCACAGGGGGCCAGCGGGUUGCAGAGUCCGCUCAUCACCCAAGGCGGUGGCAAUCAUCUCCCUUUGAAGUAACUGGUCGCUCAUCGGCAAAAAAUGGGCGUU